UCCAGCGUUGAUUGGCAAGGCAGCGUUACAGGCGUUGCCAGUUAAUUCUGGCCACGGGGCAGGUGCAUUGUAUGUUUAUGGCCGUUGUCAGUAAGGGUCAUAAUUCAGCUGUCAGUUUCAUUCGUCAUUUUAAGCCUUUGAGGACAAAUUUCUGGACGUUGUAAUUGGAAAAUAUCCCAGAUGGCCUAUCUAUCGAUACGCGGCAACGCUUGUUGCUUUGACUAGUGAUAUGCAAGCAUGGGACUGGAGUGAUUGGUCCAGCAGUGUGGCAGACCACAGAUGCGCUACCGUCACGCAACACUAUGCAGUCCGCUAGACAUACGUGCAGCACGGGGCCUUGACAACACGUUUCGGCACCCAACACAGACUGAUUCGAAACUGAAAAGUGAGCGUUUGAAAGGCAUUGCUGAGGAAAGCAACAUAGAUACUACACUAAUGGCACAAAGUAACCCAUCAACGUAUAUAUUUAAAUUAGGUGGACCAAUACUGUUGACGGCCCCACACGGGAUAGCAUUGUGGAGAGGUGGAUGGGACGGUAGAAAGAAAGAGAAACACGUACAAGAAUUAUUGGCAUCUGAAAUCGUUCUGAAACUGGCGAAGCAUAUGUCGACGGUGUUCGGUGUCCCGGCGAGUUUUAUGGUCUGGAAUAUUCCACAAACAAGGCCGUACGAUUCACGGAACGUAGACCCAAACUUCCUAUCAAGGGAUCUAUUUCCUGUAUGCCCAUGGCAUCAAGCUUUGGAGUCAUUUCGCUCUUACGGAUGUGACGUCAAACUACCUCUCCUCCAUGUUGAUAUUCACGGGAAACGGGACAGAAGAAGCGACUUGGCGUUAGAUGUGGGUUUGGGCGGUAUGAAAGCAUAUUGCAAAGACAAGGAAAUGGUAACAAGGUUAAUGAAAUGUUAUGAAGAAAGUUUCACCAAUAUGUUCGAACCCCUAGGUAUUGUGAAAAAUGGCAUGCCGUUUUCUGUAGACAUGAACCCAAUCAUGUCCGGUUUUAGGCCAGAUCCAACAGUGUUCACGCUGUCAACCCAGUCCGCCAUGUUGGGUACAUCAUCAGUGCAACUGGAGAUUCCCAAGACGAUGAGACAAACUUUAUUUGAGGACGACGAUUUUCUUUCGAAAUUCGCUGAUUGUAUCAUGCAUGUAUACCAGCAAGUGAUUUGUCAAGGGAAACUGCACCCACAUGACUGGUACACUAGUCACUGUAGGGCGCCGACCGCUGAUAUUGACAACAUACUGGUGGAACUAGAACAACAUCGACAAUAGAAACCUCAACUGCGGAUUUAAAUUGUAUGUUGAACAUUUGUAGUUGGGAAAUAAAAUGUUUUCACUUA